AUGACAGCAGUUCGCGAUUCCAGGGCCCAGGCACAGGAAGUGCCUCUGAGCUCCGAUGGCGUGAUGGUCUUCCGGCUCACGCGGAAGGCCAACGCGCCUCACGUCAACGAGCUGCUCUUCGACCCUGACGGGCCCUUGGCCGAGCUGCACCGGCGUGUGUUGGAGGCAGGCUGCGAGGUGGCACCAAACUGGUCGCCCGUGAAGGCUUUGUUCGUGCCGUGCACUGACACGCAGAUGCAAGAGCUCAUGGCACCUGCCGAAGAGGGCGGUGCUCACCCUCCGGAGCUCGGCAAGGAGCACAUCCUGGCCCUUCGCAGCGAUUUUCCGGCGCUGGAUCGUGCCAUUCGCGGCCUCAGCAAGAAGCACCGUCCCAGACUCCAGCCCGCACUUCGCGAAGAGCCGCAGAGCGACUCGGAGGACGAGCCCUUCAUUGUGGUAGAAGGCGGGCUGCGCACGGACUCGAGCCUCGGCUUCCCGUCCUACGAGCCCUGA